GUGUGUGUAGUUUUUUAAAUAAAUAAAUAAAUAGGACAGAAGGGGUAUAUUGCAUUCCACAAGUAGAACACGAAAUCUUAUAGAUCGAGCUUCUUAUCGAUUCAAUAGAUAGACCAAGAUGAAGAUCAUGGUGGCGAUCAAGCGGGUGGUUGACUACGCCGUCAAAAUCCGAAUCAAAUCCGACAAGACUGGGGUUGAGACAACAAACGUGAAGAUGUCGAUGAACCCCUUUUGCGAAAUAGCACUUGAAGAGGCGCUGAGAAUGAAAGAGUCUGGGGUUGCGUCGGAGGUGAUUGCAGUGAGUAUGGGUCCCACCCAGUGCGUGGACACCCUUCGCACCGGUCUAGCCAUGGGUGCAGACCGUGCCAUUCAUGUGGAUGCACCCUCAACGCUUUACCCACUUACAGUUGCUAAACUUCUUAAAGCCCUUGUUCAGGUUGAGAAGCCUGGCCUCCUCAUUCUUGGCAAGCAGGCGAUUGAUGAUGAUUGUAACCAAACAGGGCAGAUGGUGGCCGGCCUUCUAAACUGGCCUCAAGGGACCUUUGCAUCCAAGGUUGUUGUGGACAAAGAGAAGAAAGCAGCAACAGUGGAUAGAGAGGUGGACGGCGGUCUUGAAACUUUGUGUUUAGACUUGCCUGCAGUCAUCACGACGGAUCUAAGGCUGAACCAGCCAAGGUACGCAACACUGCCCAACAUAAUGAAGGCAAAGUCAAAACCGAUAAAGAAAAUGAGCCUGGCGGAGUUAAACGUAGACCUGAGAUCUGAUUUGGAGGUUGUUCAAGUGACUGCGCCCCCGGUGAGAAAGGCUGGGGUCAUACUUUCCUCUGUGGAUGAACUUGUAGACAAGCUCAAGAAUGAAGCCCAUGUCAUCUAACCAUUUGUUUUCUUUCAUAAAUGUGUAUUUACGCCCGCCUGAUUGUCAAAACUUAAAUGCCAUUUCUCAUCAAUUAACUUUUUAAUACAAGUCAAAAUUGGAUUGUUUAGUUUA